ACUUCCGGGGUUAAGGAGGCGGAGCCAGCAGCUGGACCCUAUGGACCGUAAACAUAGCAUUUAGCUUGUCCAGUUAGCCUGGUUCUCAGCGGCUUGUGUUAAACUUCGUAUCCGAGGACUGUGGUCCGGAAUGGCCUCGUCUGUCCCUUUGUCCUCCUCUGUCCGCCUGUCCUCCCUGCGCCUCCUCGUACCUCCUCUCCGCCUCCUGACGGCAGCAAUGUGGCAGAUCGUACGGCAGCAAAGUGUGAAGCAUUAUGGGGAGCUGGGGGACUUUGUCUCCCUGGUAACGGCGGCUGUCCCCCAGCUCUUGACGGACAGACAGAGGACGCUGCUGCUGCUGGCUCUGAGGGCCAAGGUCGCUCUGUCUGACCUCCAUCCCCUGGACAGGACCUGCUCCGUCUCCAAGGCAAUGGAGGUGGAGAAGGAGCUGAACAAGGAGCUGGACAAGGAGCUGGAUGCUUGUCGGUCUACUCUAUCAGCUCUGAGCAGAGACUGUCCCGUUGACUCUCGACGCCUCCUGCUGGAAGUGUUCGACCAGCGCUUUGACUCCGCCCUCCAGUCCCUCAUAUCUGACUUCCUGUCUAGGUUGGAGCAGCUGUUCCCCGCCCCCGACUUCAAACAGGCUGCUUCCUGGCUCCACGCUGCCCACUCUGACCUGGAGGACUGUCUUCAUCAGACAGACGAGGAGGAGCUAAAGCAGCUCCUGACCAAUCAGAGCUGUUUACUGGGACGAGCUACGACCACAGUUGGCGGUGACACUGAGAAGACCCUCCUCUCCGCCUGGUCCCACCCCCUCCUCACCAAACUGACUAAUCCACACCCUCCUCCCGCUAUCCCAGACGUCCAGUCAGACACCGUCCCUGACGUGGACUGUCCCCUGCAGCUGGACGUGGAGCUAGACCAGGAUGUCCAAUCAGACACCGUCCCUGACGUGGACCGUCCCCUGCAGCUGGACAUGGAGCUGGUGAAGGUGGAGGUGGUGGUGACGACAGAGGACGAACAGGAGGACACUGUGAUCGGUCUGAACACGUCUGAUGAGGACAGAGUCCAGCGUCCUAUCACACCUGUGGAGGUGGAGGUGGACAGGUGGAAAGACUCACCUGGACACCUGGUCCAAGGGUCACCUGACACAGGUGAGUCAUGCUCUCAGGUCCAAGCUAACGCGCUGUACAGCAUUUCUCAUAAUUCCCAGCGUGUGGCCCACAGGUGUCCCGGGUGUUCCAGGUGUUUCAUCUACCGCUCUCAGGUCAUCCGACACCUACGCACCAACAAGUCCUGUGGGUCCGCCUUAACUGGGGUCACAGAGGAAGAGCCCCGGCCCACUGGGGAGGAGCCUCAGCCCACCCAGGUAGACCCCGCCCCCCCCGAGCCCCGUCCUGUUGGUACCCACUCCUGCUUCCAGUGCAACGCCGUCUUCAGAACCGGCGCCGAGCUCCUGUCACACCGGCGCAGUCAUCGAGCGCGUCCAGUCUACCACUGCAGCCAGUGUGGCAAGAACUUCCACCACCUGUCCAGUCUGACCAACCACAAGCAGAGUCAUCUGGAUGAGGGCCAGAGCCGUCUGGAUGGGAACCAGAGCCGUCUGGAUGGGGAGGGCUUCCCCUGUAGCAGGUGUGAUGAGGUGUUUGACUCGGCCAAGGAGCGGGACGCCCACCGCCUGCAGCACCGCCCCCCCGACCUGGGCUGCACCGUGUGCUCCCAGACCUUCAGUUCUCAGACUCAGCUGCUGAGGCACAUGCAGAGCCACUCGGUGGAGGGGGCUCGGCCCCGGUACAGCUGUCGCUUCUGUGAGCAGACCUUCUCAGGAGUGACCCAGCUUCGUAUCCACCAGCGAACUCACGCCUCCCGCUCAUUCCAGUGCGACCAGUGCCCCAAGACUUAUGGCUCUCUCACUGGUUUGCACUCCCACCAGGCCAGCCACUCCACUGAGAGCCGCUUCCUUUGUCCUCAGUGCGGUAAACGCUUCAAAACCCGCGAUGGCCUGGAGGGUCACCUUAGGACGCACACCGGUGAGAGGCCCUACCGCUGCCCCUACUGCCCCAAAGACUUCACCGCGCUUGCCGGCCUCAAUGUGCACGUGCGGCGGCACACGGGGGAGCGGCCGUACGUGUGCACGGUUUGCGGUAAGGGCUGGCCGUCCGGAGGCGACCUGCAGAAACACAUGAGGACUCACACUGGAGAACGGCCCUACGUCUGCCAGGACUGCGGCAAAGCCUUCUCCAUCUCCUGCCACCUGACCGAACACCGCAGGAUCCACACCGGUGAGAAGCCGUUCUCGUGUCCAGAAUGUGGUAAAUGUUUACGGAGGAAGUUUGACCUGAAGAAGCACAUGUUGUCCCACAGCAGCGUCCGUCCCUACGCCUGCACCUACUGUCCCAAGAGCUACACCCGCAAAACUCACCUGAACAGACACCUACUGACACAUGGGACGGCCGACGGAGAGACCGGUGGAGAUGACCCAUCACCUGCUUCAUGAAUGAUUUAUCUGUGACACGUAUGAAUGUAACAUAUCCGAGUCUUACCCCAGGCUCGUACCCUGAGGUCUGACCCUGAGAUCUCACCCUGAGGUCUCACCCUGAGGUCUCACCCUGAGGUCUCACCCCGAGGUCUCACCCUGAGGUCUCACCCUGAGGUCUCACCCUGAGGUCUGACCCUGAGGUCUUACCCUGAGGUCUGACCCUGAGAUCUCACCCUGAGGUCUCACCCUGAGGUCUUACCCUGAGAUCUCACCCUGAGGUCUCACCCUGAGGUCUUACCCUGAGGUCUCACCCCGAGGUCUUACCCUGAGGUCUUACCCUGAGGUCUCACCCCGAGGUCUUACCCUGAGGUCUCACCCUGAGGUCUUACCCUGUUGUCUCACCCCGAGGUCUUACCCUGAGAUCUCACCCUGAGGUCUUACCCUGAGGUCUCACCCUGAGGUCUUACCCUGAGGUCUUACCCUGAGGUCUGACCCUGAGAUCUCACCCUGAGGUCUGACCCUGAGGUCUGACCCUGAGAUCUCACCCUGAGGUCU